UCAAAACAAUAACAAACCCCCUGCUGAUCGAUUGUGUACGUUUUCCGGGUGCAGUGAGUGAAUAAAAGGGGUGUUUUCGGGUGUGUUAAGUUUUCCCACUGCCGCACCAUGCAUGACGCGUACAUUGUCUAUCCGCCGGAGAAAAUCUCCGUGCAAAUUGAAUCGAUGACGGGCUUUGAUAACAAGCUCAUCCUGGGCACCAGACAGGGACACCUGCUGAUGUACUCGUUCGAGACGAACACGGAAACGAACAAGCUCGAUCUGCAGCUGCUGCAGUACGACAAAAACUUUAGCAAAAAGCCCAUCACCCAGAUCGACGUCAUUCCCGAGUACACGCUGCUGUUCAGCCUCACCGACGGUUUGCUGAACGUGAACGAUUUCAGCCGCCACGGCUUUCCGCUGAUCCAUUCGGCACAGCGCACGAAGGGAGCGAACGUGUUUGCGCUGGACAUAAAGCGGUCGAAAUCUUUAACGAGCGAAGUCAAGAUCGUUUGCCGGGUGUGUGUAGCGGUGAAGCGAAAGCUGCAGUGCUACUACUGGAAACAGAACCAGCUGCUGUCGCUCGACAGUGAGAUCGAUUUGAACGAUGUGCCAAAGACGGUGGCGUGGAACAAUAACUUCAUCUGUGUCGGCUACAAAACCGAGUACGUCCUGUACGAUAUGUCGGCAGCACAGCCCCGGAAGGUCGAUCUGUUUCCCACGAGCUCGUCGAAAACCAUCGAACCGUGCAUUACGCUGAUCGAGGACAGUGUGUUCGCGGUGGUGAAGGACGAGUUUCUGAUCACGAUCUACACGGAAAAGUAUCGGGCGGACGAUCGAGAAGGGCCAAACAGCAUGUCCGGGUCGGUUAAACCGGUGGAAGCGAAAGCGGUUAAGGCGGAUGCGGCCAAGCGUACGAUGAACCUGAAAUCGCUGAUCUGGAGCGAACCGUUCCAGUGUCUGGUCUGGGACGAUCCGUACGCGGUUGGGCUGAUCAACGAUGCCAUCGAGGUGCGCGUGUUUGACAACGUGCAGGACAAGGGCACACUGAUCCAGAGCAUUCCGCAGCUGCACAAAGCGCGGUUCCUGGUGCGUGGCAAGCAGGGACUGCUGUAUGUGGCCUCCGUAUCUCAUCUGUGGUGCAUUCAGGCGGUCGACAUUUCCAAGCAGCGCAAACAUCUGCUGCAGGAGGAAAACUUUCAACUGGCUUUGAAGCUAACGCACAUCUCCGACGAAAGUGCCGAGUUCAAGGCGACGAAAAUAAACGAAAUUCAAACGCGCCACGCGUACAACCUGUUCGUCAACAAGCACUUCCGCGAGUCGAUGCAGGAGUUUGCGCAGCUCGACACCGAUCCGAUCGAUGUGAUCCGCCUGUUUCCGGACCUGCUGCCCGACAGUGGCAAAAACAAGCUCAGCCACUACUCGGACAAACCGGCACCGGUGCUGGACGAGAAGGAGCUGGAAAAUGCGAUCCUCGCCCUGAUCGAUUACCUUACCGACAAGCGGUUCCCGUUGCGCAAGGGCGCCAAAACGAACCCGGACGGCACGACGGACAAGAACGUGGCGGCACUGCUGGCCAUCAUCGAUACGACGCUGCUGAAGUGCUAUCUGCUGACGAACGAUUCGUUGAUUGCGCCCGUGCUACGGAUGAACCACUGCUAUCUGGAAGAAUCGGAGCGGGUGUUGAAGAAGCACGAAAAGUACGUCGAGCUGAUCAUACUGUACCAAACCAAGGGGCAGCACAAGCGCGCCUUGCAGCUGCUCCACACGCAGGCGGAAGUGCCCGGCUCGCCGCUGUUCGGGCACGACCGUACGGUGCAGUACCUGCAGCAGCUGGGCACUGACUUCAAGCAGCUGAUAUUCGAAUUCUCCGGCUGGGUGCUGCAGAAGCACCCAGAAGAUGGGCUGAAGGUGUUUGUGGAGGAGAUGCCCGAGGUGAAGAAUUUGCCGCGUGCGGAAGUGCUGGACUUUCUGCUCAAGGACCACCGGACACUGGUCGUGCGGUAUCUGGAGCACAUCAUUAACGUGUGGCACGAGGAGAAGGCUCUAUUUCACAACAUUCUUAUACAGCAGUAUCGUGAAAAGUUGCUCACGCUGCGAAACGAUAAAACCGUCGACGGUGACACGAAAAAGCAAGAGGAGAUGGCAGAUGUUCGAGAGAAAUUGCUAACGUUCCUGAAGAAAUCCAAAUACUAUCACGCCGAGAAGGUGUUGGGCGAAUUUCCCUACACCGACAUGUUUGAGGAGCGUGCGAUUAUUUUGGGCCGACUAGGCAAACACGAGAAAGCGCUGGCAAUAUUCGUGCAAAUACUGGGCGACUUUGAGAAGGGUCUGGCGUACUGUGACGACGUGUACGACACAAACGAUCCGCAGAACUGUGACGUGUACGUGACGCUGAUGAAAAUCAUACUCACGCCACCGUCCGCACCACCGUACAGUGAUGUGCCGCUGCAUCCCCGCUGCCUGGUGCCGGAUCACGAAAUGGUGGUCAACAUUCUGGAGAAACAUGCGGAGAAAAUCAAUCCGUACGCCGCGCUGCAGAUCCUGCCCGACACCAUUCCGCUGGUGCGCAUCAAACACUUCCUGGAGAAUGCGCUCAAGUUCUACCUGGAGAAGAAGCAGCGGGCCCAGGUGCUGAAGGGGCUGUACUACGCGGAGCAUCUGCAGAUCAUGGAGCAGAAGAUGCUGUGCGAAUCGAAACACUUUCUAGUGACCGAUCUGAGCGUGUGCGCGGUGUGCAAGAAAAAGUUCAGUAACCAGAGCGCGUUCGUGCGGCUGCCCGAUGGGGUGAUUGUGCACUUUUCCUGCCAGGAUCGCAUGUUUAGUUGAAUGAUUUGUUGUGGGGGGAGGGAAAAUGGAUGAAAUCCCGCACAGCACCAUAUAUCGAUAGCUUUAUAAGUCAAUAAAAUUAUAUCCAAUCAUCAUAAUGUAUCA